AUGAUCGAGUCACCAUACCAGGUAGACAUCCCAGUCACAGAUGUGGCAUCUUUUGUCUUUAGCUCGGGAACACCUUUAUCACGAGAAGCACCGCAGUAUUUUGACGCCGCGUGUCCGUUGAAGUGUUUUAGUCUUACGCAAGCUGAAGGCUUCGUGAAGCAAGUCGCAAGAGGCCUAGAGUUGCUUGGGCUGCAACCCAAUGACAAAGUGCUCCUUUACUCCCACAAUCGUCUAUUUUUCCCUGUGCUUCUGUGGGGAGUACUGGCAGCGCGAUGUGUCUUCACUGCUGCCUCUCCAAAUGCCUCAGUGACAGAGCUGGAAUACCAAGUCCGGAACUCUGAUGCGAAGCUUGUCCUCGCUGGUUCAGAGCAGGUAUCCGUUGCGUUGGAAGCGGCAUCUCGAGCUGGCUUAAGCCGGAAUCAAGUAUACUUGUUCUGUGAUCCAGAAGAGGACACCAACAGCCACCAAUCACAAAAUAUUCGAGAAUGGACGGAAUUUUGGCGGUCUGCUGCAGAAGUACGGUCAUGGUCGUGGAAGAAGAUGAGCAGUCUAGAAGAGGCCCAGGAAACAACGGCGAUUAUCAACUAUUCAAGCGGAACCACAGGGCUACCUAAAGGAGUUGAAAUCUCCCACUAUAACGUGGUCGCAAAUUCCACUCAACUUCUUUUCAAGCGUACCGUAAUAUCAAACACCCAGAAGGGGUUGACUCGCAAAGCAAGACUAGAUGUUUCGGGAGAAAGAUGGUUGGCGCCUCUUCCAAUGUAUCAUGCAUACGGACAAGCAUACUACUGCGCUAACGCUGCACGUCUCGGUGCCAAAGUCUUUAUUAUGAAGUCAUUCAAUGUCCAAAAGUACCUACUCUACCUAGACAUAUACCGGAUCACAUUCAUGACCUCGGCCCCACCAAUUUUGGUAACUAUGAGCAAGCAAUCAAACCCCGGACGGUAUAACCUGCGGGCCAUCGAGACUGUUGUGAGCGGAUCGGCCCCUCUAAGUCCCGAUCUCGGCCGGAUCAUUGAGAAGAUGUAUCUACACCCGGGGGUAAAGGUCAAACAAGGUUGGGGGAUGACGGAGACAACCUGUUCCGUCACUGGAUUUGCCCCGGAUGACGACGAUGAUGGGCGAUCUAUUGGUUGGUUGAAUCCAAAUUGUGCCGCAAGAAUACAACCCCUCGACGACCGGAAUUUCGACGGCGUAGUCCCUGCUGGCACCGUUGUUGGCGAAAUUUGGGUAGCUGGUCCGAAUAUUAUGAAAUGCUACUACAAAAACCCAACGGCCACUGCGGAUACAAUAGUAGAGUCCAAUGGUCGUCGCUGGCUAAAGACCGGCGAUAUCGGGUACAUUGAUGAGAGAGGCUGCUUGUAUAUUGUUGAUCGCCUAAAGGAACUUAUCAAGGUUAAAGGGUUACAAGUCGCUCCAGCUGAGCUAGAACAGUAUCUUCUCACGCACCCCGAUGUGGCAGAUGCAGCUGUGGUUGGCGCUAAAUUAAACGACGGGGAGUACCCCCGAGCCUUUGUGGUUCGAAAAGAAGGCAUUGUAACAUCCACAGAGCUGUUGGAUUUGAUCAAGGGGCACUUUGCACCUCAUAAGUGGCUUACAGGCGGUUUAUACUUUAUUGAUUCGGUACCACGGACUGGGAAUGGAAAGGUAGUCCGACGAAGUCUUUCUGCUAUUGACCCUAAGAGCCUGGCGACUCGCGCGAAGUUGUAG